AUGCCAGAACACACCCAGUAUGCGCCUGCUGCACAGGUCCCCUUAAUCAAGUCUCCUAGUCUUCGCGUUGUGCUACCCCCGGACAUUCACCCGCUUCCCGAAUCUGUGAAUGCAUAUUUUGUCUAUCCUUACACAAUUGAGCCCCAUAUCAUCACUCUGGAAUCAUCUCGACGAUCUACUCUUGCAGCACACCAAGCACAACGAGAAGCCUACCUCCGCUCAAGGCAAGAAGAGAAGGAGCGCAGGAAACGCGAGGCUUUACGACGUAUUGCACCGGGUUUUGAACCUGAGGGCCAUUUGCUUGUGCCAACCAAGAGAACAUCUAUUAUCGCGCCUUCCCCAACAUCUUUACCUUCACAACCUCCGAAGUCUGUGAUGGAGGAUUUGGUAGACCAACUGGCGGCAUUGGACUCUUCCUCCUCGAAAUAG